CAUCCCCCCCCGCAACUUCUUUUACAUUAAAUCACUUUCUUUGGCCCUCCACUUUCCUCCCUCCCCAUGCUCAAAAGUUAUUAUACUUCUGCUGUCUUAGCUGUCAAAUCCUCCUCAAACCCAUUAGGUCUCCUUUUGUGUUCUUCCACUGCACGAUUUCUGCCGUGCCUUUCACCCCUCCAACUCCAAACAAGAGCGAUGUCGGCCACUGCGGGUCGUCCGGAUCCAUUUCAACCUGCAAAGAGAGUCGCUGGUCAGCGACAGGAUGUCUGGUCUAUCGUCAAUGAAGCCGCGGCGGCUUCUCCCGUCCAGCCGAUUGUGAACAUGGGACAGGGUUUCUUUGGCUAUAACCCUCCCAAGUUCGCUCUCGAUGCUGCCAAAGCGGCUCUCGACCGAGUGGAAUGCAACCAAUAUUCCCCCACGAAGGGUCGCCCACGCCUCAAGAAGGCUAUCGCCGACGCAUAUUCCCCUUACUUUGGUCGAACUAUCAACCCCGAUACCGAAGUAUCGAUCACCACUGGCGCAAAUGAGGGAAUGCUGAGUGCCUUCAUGGGGUUCAUCGAACAAGGAGAUGAGGUUAUUAUAUUCGAGCCAUUUUUUGACCAGUACAUCAGCAACAUCGAGAUGCCUGGUGGCACAAUCCGAUAUGUUCCCCUCCAUCCUCCCAAGGACGGAGCGACUCGCACCUCUUCUGCAUCAGAAUGGACCAUUGAUUUCGAAGAGCUGGAGAAAACCAUCAAUCCAAAGACCAAGAUGAUUGUCCUGAACUCCCCUCAUAACCCCGUCGGAAAGGUUUUCUCGCGUGAGGAACUUGAGCGCAUUGGUGACCUCUGUGUCAAGCAUAACCUUAUCAUUCUCUCCGAUGAAGUCUAUGACCGCCUUUACUACGUUCCAUUUACUAGAAUCGCUACUCUGUCUCCAAAGCUGUGGGAACGAACACUCACCGUCGGUUCUGCCGGCAAAGCAUUCUACGCAACUGGUUGGCGUGUGGGCUACCUGAUCGGACCGGAGCAUUUAAUCAAGUAUGUAGCCGGGGCACAUACCCGAAUUUGCUACAGCAGCGUGUCCCCCCUUCAAGAAGCGGCUGCUGUUGCCUUCGAACAGGCCGACAAGGAGGGAUUCUGGGACCAAAGCCGAACGGAGAUGAAGAACAAGAUGGAGAGAUUCUGUGAGGUCUUUGACGAACUUAACAUCCCGUACUCGGACCCUGAGGGUGGCUACUUCGUCCUCGUGAACAUGGCCUCCGUCCAGCUCCCUGGGAACUACCCGUUCCCUCCCCACGUUGCCAGCCGGCCCCGCGAUUUCAAGCUUUGCUGGUUUCUCAUCCAUGAAGUCGGGGUGGCUGCCAUUCCUCCGACCGAGUUCUAUACGGAUGGAAAUUCGCAUAUUGCCGAGAAUUACCUUCGUUUCGCGGUCUGCAAGGAGGAUGAGGUUCUGGAGACUGCAAAGGAGAGGCUCCGCGGUUUGAAGAAGUACAUUGUGCGAUGAACUGCUGCGUCACCGUUUCACUGUAAUAAACGAUAGUGAGUGGGAGUGAUGACGGUUUAAUAUUUCUACUGGUUAUUAAAGAGGGAUAGAUUACUUCUUAGAUAGCCUAGCGGAACCAAUACCAUAUUACUUCUUCUUCUUCUUCUUCUUCUUCUUCUUCAGAUAUCAUGUCUCUUUUUCCUUUUCCUAUCUCAAUUUCCUAUUAGCAGUAUUUAAUCGAACAGAUGCACCUCAUGUAUGACUUUACAAGAUGUCAAAAAAAAAAAAGGUAUCCCAGGGCACACGAGUCACGACGUGAUCAGAAGGAAACAAACAAAGUCAGAGAA